AUGUGGAUAGCUUUUGCACACCGUGGCAUUCAAAUCACCUACGCAUGCAAGAUGCUAACCUUUGCUAUCCAGAGGUUAGAAUAUCUGCACUUCACUUAUGUUUGGUGGGCAAAUAGUAACAGCCUCCACAGCUAUAUAUAUGCAUCCAAGGGCCACCUUGAUGAGCAAUUUCGUCAGGUGGAGGACUUGCAGGAUGAAGCUAGCCCUAAUUUUGUGGAAGAAGUUGUGGUGGUGUUCUUUAAAGAUUCUGGCAGGCUAAUAUCAAACCUUGAGCAAGCUCUGGAGAAGUACCCCAGAGAUUUCAACAGGUGGGAUGCAUACAUGCAGCAACUGAAAGGCAGCUGUUCCAGCAUCGGUGCUUCUAGGAUGAAGAAUGAAUGCAUGUCAUUCAGGGAUAAUUGUGGGCAACGAAAUGUUGAAGGUUGCAUGGGGUCUCUCCAGAAACUGAAGAGGGAGCAUGCCAUCCUGAGGCAGAAACUAGAAUCCUAUUUCCAGCUGCUGCGACAAGCUGGUCCUGCUGGAGCAGCCACUAGACCUGCCAUGUAA